AUGUCGUCACAACAGCCCACUGCGCACCGUGGCUGGGAUGUUACACAUGUAACAGCCCUGCCAGCAGUCUACAUCGGAACGCACCCGGUCGACAGAUACCGGUGGGUUAGAGAUGUUGCAGGUGGCUGGAUCGGAAUGGUCCUCUGCCGGCUCGAGGGCGCCGCAAGGCCUCAAUUCGUUACGGUCCAGGAAGCGCCGGACCUCACCAUCACGCAGUUCAAGGCCUUGGCCAAAUCGACCCACCCGAACAUGGUGCAGCUUUUUGGCCUUUUCCUGGGUGAUAGGGCGUACAUCACAUACGAGGUCAUAGACCUGGACGUCUUCGAACUGGACCUCACCAGCGAGCGAGAGAUUGCUGCCGUUCUCUCUCAGGUGCGUGGCCUCACCUAUUGGUCGGUCGAGGUGGUGACGCUCAGCCUCGUAGGUCCUUUCUAG